AUGGAUGCGGUCUCCGCCGUUAACCAAACCCUCCCAAUCUCCGACGAUGAAGCGGUAAAGUUCACCACAUACUCCACCGCAGUACACAAAGUCAUCGUAAUGGUCAACGCUGGACUUAUAGGACUACUCCAACUAAUAAACCAACAGUCCUCUGUUUUAGAAACACAUAAAGCAGCAUUUUUGAGUUUUUGUGUAUUCGCUUUGUUCUACGCGGUUCUUCGCGUCCGUGAAGCCAUAGACGUGGGGCUACGGCCCGGGAUAGCCCCCAGACUCUCCGGACACACGAGUCAUCUCUUCGGCGGUCUAGCCGCUCUCAUGCUGAUCUCUGUGGUUUGCGCGACGUUUGCUCUUGUCCUUCUUCUUAUGUGGUUUCUCUGGCUCUCAGCCAUCAUUUACAGCAUUUUAGAUGAAUUCAUUGUAUACUCUAAGGCAAACAAAUCUGGCGCCGGUUCACGUCCGUCGUUGCCACUUUAA